GAAGAAAAAAUUUUGUCUGGUCUGGUCUGCUUUUGUUCAAGUGGAAGGCGCUAGCUGUGCUGGCAUAUGUGCAGCUGCAGUUAUUCGAUCGCCAUUUCGGAAUGUUCUCCCACGCUUACGUGAGGUAUCUUGAGGAUAAGCGAUGCGCCCUCGUCGACACCACAGAUAUUCGAGAUUUUGACAAAUGGGACCAUCAGGACAUUGAUGAAAAACGCAUCAAGGCGGCGACGCACUGGGUGAACUGGGUGUUCAAAGACGGCAGUUCAGACUAUUUCCCAGCCGAGAUUCUUCACUUAGGAGCAUCUGAAGCAGAAGUGCAAAAAAAGGUGAAAAAGGGAAGAUUGAAAUUUAGGCGUAUGAUGCCUGGAGAGGAACAGGAAUGGAACUGUGAUGAGGAGCCACAAGAGAAAGAACAAGAAGAGAACAAAAGGAAGGGCAAAAAACGAAAAGAGCCAAACGACAACUUGCUCAAGCUUUUGGACAGAAAAAAGCGUCAAAUGGAUGUGGCAAAAACUCGCCACAAUUGUGAUGGGAAUUGCUCGGCCGCACAGGAGCUUGAGCGUAUGAAGGAUGUGGUUGACAGAAAGGAAGAAGAAAUUAAAAAAUUAAGAAAACUCAACGAAAAGCUGCAGGAAAAAGUAAUAAUGCAAAUGGAACGGUUCAUUGAAAGUGCUAACGGCACAGUCGCCCACUCCAUGGUACAGCCUACUGUAGUGGUGCCACCAUCAACACCACCACCGGCGCAGGGACCCGAAGAGAAGAAUGGAGCGGCUGCUGCACGUGCCUUCUGUAGCCCCGCAGCUAUAACACAACAAAGCACACCUGAAUCCCGUGGUCCUGAUGACAUGGUGGAUAUAGGCCAGGGAUUAAAGAUCCCAACUGGCGCAUGGCAGCGCAUACAGCUGCAGCCGAAGGACAGUCUGUUUGUCAAAGAGCUUCUAGUGGCGAUCUGGGACCCAGCAGACUUGAAGGGGCGUUCGCUACAAGGCAAGCGCUCCCCUAGGUUCCCAGAUCGCCCCAUAAAGGAGCCCCUAACACCGUGGAAGGUGUCAGUGAUGCGUGAAUGCUACAAGGAGAGGCUGCUGCGGCUUGGUCUACCAGCUGAAAUACUACAAAACAGCCUCAAGCGGCUUAACCAUUUUGUAGUAGAGAAGUUGGCUGACAUAGAAAAACUGGCCAAAAAGUGCGUCGAUUCAUUUUAUCAAUAUUUUGUACAUGUUUAGAGUGUUUACCAGGCUUUCAUGUUGGUUUUAUGGCCAAGCUAUUAUUGAAGUGCAACCUAGGCUCAUCAGUGCAUAGUAGGCAAUGCGGCGACAGCAGAAAUGAAACACACGUAGAUACCGGAAAUCUCAAUUUUGCUGCCGUCUCUGAAUGUACUGUUGUGAUGUUUUUGUUGAUGACAGAGAUUAUGAACCUCGCGCAUAAUUGCCUUGCAGAUUAUAUUAUUGAGCUGCAUCUCAAUGUAGGUGACCUGAUAAUGCAUGCUUCUAAAUGAAUGCAUUGCUUGUAGAUAGCAUGCUUAUCUCUGCUGGCAGUGACUGCCAUAAAUACUGCUUAUAGUGGAUGCUCUACUGUGAGAUUUUCAAUUUCCAUGAUGCAUUAUCUCUUUUUACAGGACUGAAAUGGCAUAAGAAGGUCACUGGAGGAUGCCGCUACGA